UGCAAAUUUAUUCUGCAAUGUAAACGCAGCUGAGACGACCAAUCAUCCGUUCAGAAGUUGUAUUGUUCAAAAAUUCAUUUACAUUUCUCUUUCCUGGACGUAACAAUCGAAUAUGGCUCCGCGUCGACCUACAACCACUGGCAAGGGGAAAGCGGCUCCAAAAGCGGUUGCAGCGGAUCCACCUAGUGCGAUUCAGUUGAAGUUCAUACAAGCCGUUCAACGUUCUUUCGCCAAACAACAUUUCGAACAGUUGAGAUUGGACUUCGAGAAAAACUUUUUUGAUCCGUUCAAUAAAAUCUUCAUGGACGUUGUUGUCAGUCCGGUUGACAUUUCUGUCAGAAAAGAAGGGCAGCUUUUGUUAAAAGAACAACGGUUUGACAUAUUUUUACAUUUUAUGAACAAGUUGGUGUCGGCGAAUCAGUUCCCUGAUACAGAUCUUAUCCAGUCGGUCUUGGAAUUGAUAUUGACAAUCAAUCGAAAAAGCGACGAUACCUACGAGAGAACAGCAUGCCGAAUACAAUCAGCGGCUCUACUAUUUGAAAACAUUCUCGAUAACUUUCCACCGUUAUGGUCUGUCAGUUCCAAUGUCUACAAAACCCUUUUGUUCAGUCCGUUUAAUGUGGAAGUCGACUUCAAGAAAAUACGCGCAAGUUCGAAUGAUGGUUUCGUGAUCAUAGUGUUAGCUUUGUUGGAUGAUGCAUUAAAAGAUACAGACAAUGAUGACGAUGUAGACGAAAACGGCUUUGAUUCAAUGAUGAAUUUUCAACAAUUUGAAAAAGUCGAAAGUGGAAAGUGUUGCUACAUGAAAUUAUCACGAACAGAAAAAAUCGACAGACUGUUCGUUGUUCUCAAUUUGCUGAUCAAAUUAAUGGAAAUCGACUUGUUAAUUUGGAUCCAACGGUAUCCCUUUCAAACGAGAAACCAUAUGUCAAACCCCAAUACCUGUCCGUUGAUCGCACAUUUGCUGUGGAAAGGUAAAGACUGCGGAGAAAUGAACAAGAUGAUACGUGAUGUGUUCAGUCUUUUUACGAUGGCUGUCUGGAUUGAGUUUCCGCACGAUAAAAUGGAUAUAUUGGCGAGAUUCGUUAACUUGAUUGCCGUAGCCGUAAAUUUGUCGGAAAAUUGCGAACGUAAUAACCUCAUAGAAUACCCAAAUAUCAAACGAUUGACAGAUACAUUUGCAGCAGAAAUGGUUAAAAGUAUUGAAGGUUUCCCAUAUACUGUCACCUUCUAUAUGAAUGUGAUCGCAACGAUCCGAAAACGAACACCGGCCGUUGGUAUGUUCAUCAGUCUGCGAAUACUCAAUAAAUUUACCAAAGAAUUUGAGAAUAUUACGCUUCGCAAAAUCUUCGAUAGCAUUUCCAAUGAAAGCUAUAAGAAGUACAGUAUAAAAAUGGACGAUGCCGAACGUUGUCAGCGCAAUAGCGACAAAUACCCAAGCUUUGAUCCGAAAAAGGACAAAAGACCUUCGAAGCACUUAACAAUCAAUCGAGAUGAAUUUCUCACACUUGUCCUGCAUCUGUUCGAAAGUUAUAUUGAUGUCUAUCGAACACACGAUUUGCUUCAGUCAUUAUUGUCCGAUAAUGUGGACGCAUUGAACAACUCGAACAAUGACCACUACGAGGCUGUACACGCGAGAACUGCUAAUGAAAAAAAUCAUCGACUGGAUUUCGAUAACAUUGUUAAGGAUUGGAAACGAUUGAAGGUGAGCGUAAAGGAUCUCGCAUCGAGUGAUAAGAUACCCGUUGCACCGUUGGCUGAAUGUCAAAGUGUUUACCUGGAAGCAUCAGAGUUUGUUCGUUGCGAAGAAGAUUUGGAAUAUUUUCUGAAACUGACCGAAUUAGUGGACGAGAAUGUCGAUCUCGGUGAUUCUUUCAAGAAGUGGCAUGCGGCAGUAAAUCAAUAUUUCGUAAGUUGAAUCUUGUGCCAUCACCAGAGUUUAUAUUCGAAUUUGUUACUUUUAUAAAGGUCAUUUGGACUUCAAUAAAGACUUUUCUUCAUUUUUCGUUAAAAAU